CGCCCCCCCCGCCCCCCGUCCCCGGCUCCUCUGUCACUUCCUGAUUCCCGCUUCCUGCUUCCCAGAGGCCGGGAUCCGGAGCCGCCCGAGGCCGGUGCUGCAGCCCCCGGCGUCCCCGACAUGUCCUUCCGCAAAGUGGUCAGGCAGAGCAAAUUCCGGCACGUGUUUGGACAGCCAGUCAAGAAUGACCAGUGCUAUGAAGAUAUUCGAGUGUCCCGUGUCACCUGGGACAGCACAUUCUGUGCCGUCAAUCCCAAAUUCCUGGCUGUGAUCGUGGAGGCCAGCGGCGGGGGUGCCUUCCUCGUGCUCCCCCUGAGCAAGACGGGCCGCAUUGACAAGGCCUACCCGACGGUGUGUGGACACACUGGACCCGUCCUGGACAUCGAUUGGUGUCCCCACAACGACGAAGUCAUUGCCAGCGGCUCAGAGGACUGUACUGUCAUGGUGUGGCAGAUCCCGGAAAACGGGCUCACCACCCCGCUCACAGAGCCAGUGGUGCUGCUGGAGGGACACACCAAGCGAGUGGGCAUUGUCACCUGGCACCCGACGGCCCGAAACGUGCUGCUCAGCGCAGGCUGUGACAACGUGGUGCUCAUCUGGAACGUGGGCACGGCGGAGGAGCUGUACCGCCUGGACAGUCUGCACCCCGACCUCAUCUACAACGUCAGCUGGAACCGCAAUGGCAGCCUCUUCUGCUCCGCCUGCAAAGACAAGAGCGUGCGCGUCAUCGACCCCCGCCGGGGCACCCUGGUGGCGGAGAGGGAGAAGGCUCACGAAGGGGCCCGUCCCAUGCGGGCCAUCUUCCUGGCCGAUGGCAAGGUGUUCACCACAGGCUUCAGCCGCAUGAGCGAGCGGCAGCUGGCGCUGUGGGACCUGGAAAACCUUGAGGAACCCAUGGCCCUACAGGAACUGGACUCGAGCAACGGGGCGCUGCUGCCCUUCUACGACCCAGACACCAACGUGGUCUACGUCUGCGGCAAGGGCGACUCCAGCAUCCGGUACUUUGAGAUCACAGACGAGCCCCCCUAUAUCCACUUCCUGAACACUUUCACCAGCAAAGAGCCCCAGAGGGGCAUGGGCAGCAUGCCUAAGAGGGGCUUGGAGGUCAGCAAGUGCGAGAUCGCCCGGUUCUACAAACUGCAUGAGCGCAAGUGUGAGCCCAUCGUCAUGACUGUGCCAAGAAAGUCGGACCUCUUCCAGGAUGAUCUGUACCCUGACACGGCCGGGCCUGAGGCGGCCCUGGAGGCAGAGGAGUGGGUGAGCGGGCAGGAUGCCAGCCCCAUCCUCAUCUCCCUGCGGGAGGCCUACGUGCCCAGCAAGCAGCGGGACCUGAAGGUCAGCAGGCGCAAUGUGUUAUCCGAUAGCCGGCCCGCCGCGGCUCCCAGUUCGGCCCGCCCGGGGGCCACCGGCUCUGCCGCGUCCAUCCAUUCGACCGUCUCCGGCGGCAGCCUUGCCGGAGCCAUGGAGGCUGGGAAGCUGGAGGAGGUCAUGCAGGAGCUGCGGGCACUGCGGGCGCUGGUCAAGGAGCAGGGGGAGCGCAUCGGUCGCCUGGAGGAGCAGCUCGGCCGCAUGGAGAAUGGGGACGCGUAGGACCACAGGCCCAGGGGAUGCCGCUCCCCCCCCACUUCCUCCUCCUCCUCCACGCCCUCCUCACCCAGCCUCUGCUGGCAAGUCACACCACUAGCUGGCUGCCUCCUGCUCCCUGCCCAGGCCCUCUGGGCCAGGUUCAGAGACAGUCCACACUGACCCAUCCUGUGGGCCUGGGCCAGAGUCACCGCCUGGCUC